AUGAAAGUUGGCAGCGGAUUGGUGUACGGAGGACCUCGAGCCACCGCUCUGCCCUCUGUUCUUCUUCGGCACAGCAGAGCUGGACCACGCUGCUCUUACUCCUCUGACACUCCCGACCAUGUGUCUUUCAUUAAGGAGGUGGCAGCAACUCAGCCUCCACAGCAUUUGAGCCAGUUGCUGACAAUGCUCAAGACAAAAGGUGAAUCUAUUAUUUCUCCAGGAGCCAAGGAAGGGCUAAUCCCCCUUGCCAUACCACUAGCAAAAAAUAGCUCAGGUGCUGUAACUGCACUUCUCCGGUGGCCUACAGCUCCUCCAGGUAUGGACAUGCCAGUAGUUGAGGUCAGGAAGCAUGGGGUGUGGCUUUUAGCCAAGAAUGUGGACCAAUUAAUUCACAGAAUCCUAGUUGAAGAAGAUGCUAAAAACUCUGGAGAAAGCAAUGAUGAGCUAUUUCAUGCUUCUGCUGAUGUUGGGGAGAAACUUUAUAAAAAGGGUGACUUUGCCAAGUCGCAGAUUUCAAAACUAGAUAUUUACCUUUUAAGAAAAGUUGGUUUAUUUCCUGAUGUCUUGGAGCGCAAAGUGAAGUGGCAUUUUGAGGAAGGGGACCAUGUAUCGGCUUUGGUGACAGGAGAAUUCUAUACAAAGAAGGAGCAUUUUCCUGGAUUUGCACGGCCUUAUGUAUUCAAUGCUGAGGUUUUACUAAAGGUUGGGCGUACUGUUGAAGCAAAAGAUGCUGCUAGGGGAGCUCUAAAAUCACCAUGGUGGACUCUGGGUUGCAGCUACCAGGAAGUUGCUGAUAUAGCGCAAUGGGAGGACGAGCAAAUUGAGUACAUUAAGGAGAAGGUGACUGACGAGGGAAGGCAAGCAGAUCUUAAAAAGGGAAAGGCCCCAGCUCAGGUUGCAUUGGAUGAAGCAGCUUUUUUGUUGGAUCUAGCUUCUAUUGAAGGGACUUGGGAUGACCAUGUGGAGCAGGUUGCUGAUCGUUACAGAGAGGCUGGCCUCACUGAUAUUGCAAGAUUUGUACUAUACAGAGAUUGA